AUGUGCCGGUGGUUCGCAUACCUCUCGCCGGACGAGGAGUGCCUCCUGGAAGACGUUCUCAUCACGCCGGACCACAGUCUCGCGAAACAGGUGCACGACCAUUACCUACCUCGACUCAUCUCCCACCUACCAGGGCAACAAACGACCAAACAUGAGAUAACACUGCGCAACCGACUCUUCAACAUUGACGGCUUCGGCGUGGCAUGGUACACUCCCGUCCGGUCAUCGUUCGUCAGCGACACGCCGGGAGGACUCCGCCCGGCACUGUUCAAAACGACCUCGCCGCCCAUGAACGACGCCAACUUCCACUCCAUCUGCACCAACACAUCGACCACGGCGGUAUUCGCACACAUCCGCGCGGCGACGGGGUCGACGUCUGUGGCGUCCAUCAACAACCACCCGUUCACCUUCGGCCGACACACGCUGAUGCACAACGGGAUCAUCUCGAACUUCUCGGACAUCCGGCGGGCGCUGCUCCCGCUGCUCUCCAAGGCCACAUUUGAGAACGUCCACGGCACCACGGACUCAGAGCACCUCGCCGCGCUGUACAUGACGUACCUGACGCGGGGCGGCGAUCGCGCGACCUGGGAGCUGCAGUACAGCGUCGCCGAGAUGCGAGACGCAUUGACCGCCGCGCACCGGAAGAUCAUCGCGCUGCAGCAGCAGGUGCUCGGGCCCGAAAACGUGCAAGCCAACAGUCUGAACGUGUGCGUCACCGACGGCGCGCAGCUGGUCGCCGUCAGGCUCCGGAACCAUGCCGUCGAGCAGCCGCCCUCGCUGUACUGGUCCACCAGCGCCGGCACCACGCUGAACCGGAAAUACCCGGACCUGCCCUCGGGCGGCGCCAAUCCGCAUGCGACGAGGAACGCCGCUGACCAUGGCAGACAUGUCAUUGUCGCGAGUGAGCCGACCACGUACCGCGUGGAGGAUUGGAGCCUCAUUGAGAAAAACCACGCGCUGUUGGUCGAUGCCCAGGGAAAUUGUGUGGUUGAGGACAUCGAGCCGCCACAGCAGUUGCUCGCAUUGGCUGCGACUGGAGAGCAUUUCUAA